AAAAAGUGACAUUAGCUACUGUCAGUUGGCUUCGUCUAAUUAAAAAUACGACUAUAGUGUACUGCUAUUCUACAUUAGCUUUAUCAAUAAUGUAUUGAAGUUAGAUUGUUAAAAGUUAUCUGCAAGUAAUUGUUGAUAAGCUUCACAUUCUGAGUGAGAUUGCAUCGUCGACGAUGUUAUCACGCUACGUGGUGUCGCAAGUGAAACACAACUCCUUCUUCCUGGUGGGGUUAGCGUUAGGUUUAUGGGUGUCGCUGGUGUUGGUGCCACUGGAAGAGGAGUCUGAAUGUGUUCGAACAGAGCCAGUAGAGUCAGCUGUCGGGGCGGGCGACGAAUGGGAGCCGCAACGCGAACAACGACCCCUAGGAGCAGGUGCGCCUCCUGCGCGUGUGCUACAGAGGCCGCGUUACUACUCCACCGAGCUGGGUAUGCGUGCACCGUUGCUGGCGGGCGUGCUCAGUUCCGAGGAGGCGCUUGACACGCGCGCGGCUGCCAUCAAUGAGACAGCAGCGGGCCUGUUACCAGCCCUUCGCUUCUUUAUCACAGCCAGUUCCCUUCAGUUAAAACCGGGGCGCGCUAACGUUGUCGGCUUCACAGAUACACGGGAGAUGUUGAAGCCCUUCCAUGCUCUCAAGUAUCUGGCAGACAACUACUUGGAGGACUACAACUUCUUUUUCCUUGUGACUGACACCUCAUACAUUAACGCCCGUCAAUUGAAUGAACUUAUCUCAAAGUUAAGUGUCAGUCAAGAUGUGUACAUGGGAGCUGUGGCUGAAGAUGAUACUCAUUAUUGCACUCUAGAGGGGGGCAUCCUGCUGUCGAACUCGGUGCUACGCGCGGUGCACGGAGAGCUGGACUGGUGCGUACGCAACUCGUAUUCACCCCACCACCACGAGAACAUCGGCCGCUGCGUGCUGCACGCCGCACACACGCCUUGUGCGGCGGCCUUGCACGCCGCGAACUACUCGGCGGCUAUCCUUACCGCCGCCGAUGCAGUCUCCGACUCGCUGCCCGACGCCGUCACCGUGCACCCCGUCACCGACCCCGGGCACUUUCAUCGCCUGCACGCUUUGGUGUCGCGAGUUCGAUUGCAACGCGCACACGACUGCGUAGGAGACGAAAGGACGCUCGCGGCCGCAAGCUUCCGUCGUCAUCCGCGCGGCUACCGCAACGCGACCUGGCCGCCGGCUCUGCGGGCCGACGCCGGGCUCGCGUCGCCGCCGCCGCCCACCAGGUUCGACCAUUUACGUUGGACGCGGUUCAACGCGACGCACGCGUUCAUGCCGGACGACGAGCGCGCCGUGGCGGCGCUCGGCGGCGCGACGCUCGAGGCCGUGAAGCUCGUGGUCCGGGAGGGCUUGGCUUGGGCCCGACGACAUUGGGACGCCGACGCCGAGCUAGACGAGGGCGCCUGGUGCUGGGACCCGCCGCACGCUCUGCGUUAUCGCCUAAUCGUCCGGCUCGCAGCGCAGGACCGGCGAGCGGUCCGCCAGCUCGAGGCCGUCCGACCGCUGGGCGCCGCGCGACUCGCUCCCGCCCGCUACGUCACCGAGACCGCGAGGGUCACGAUCGUGGCGCCGGUUUCGGCGCCGCCGAAACUUGCCGCCGAAGCUCUCGGGCUUCUCCGCCGUUAUGAGGCGUCGCUCGAUCGCGACUCGAACACGGCACUCGCGCUCGUCGCCGUCGGGGCCUCGGCAGACGACCUGGCGGCUCUGCGCGAAGCCAUCCGCACGCUCGUCGAACGUCGCAGGGACGCGCGCGUGCAGCUGUUCGAGAGUCCGCCGCCAGAUGGGGACUCAGCCGGCGUCGGGGAGCCGGAGUGGCGCGAGGUCGCAGCGCGGCUCGCCCUGGAAACGGCGGCGCCUCGCUUCCCCCGCGACGCUCUGUUGCUUUUGAUUCCCGGCGACGCAGAGUUCUCGGAGGACUUCCUGAACCGGGCGCGCAUGAAUACGAUCGCGGGCGAGCAGUGGUACAUGCCGAGCGGGUUCGCGCGCUUCGCCCACUACGCUCACCCGCGCUGGCGAGAAGCAGACGGCUCGCGACCGACGGUCAACACGGGCCGGUUCGAGAAGGCACCGCUAUCGCUGGCCGUGUCCCGCGGCGACUUUUCCGAUGCCCGCGAGGCGUGGCUGACGCGCGGCGGCGACCCGUCGGCGGGGCCGGCGCUGCUAUUAGCGGCGUCUUCGCUGCGCUGCAUCCGAGCUCCGGAGCCGGCUCUGGUGCGUGCCGCCGCGGGUCCGCCCUGCGCCCUCGCCGACUCCGCGACGUGUCUGCGUCGCGAACGAUCGCGCGGCCUCGGACGUUUGCACUUGGGCGCGCGACACACGCUGGCCAAGCUGCUCUUGUCCGAACAGGCGCUGCUGUCUGCCGACUGACAGCAUUGUCUCCAUUUUUACAAAAUAAAUAUAUUUGAAUUUUU